AUGGCCUACAGCCACAUCCUAGCCGCGUGCAGCACAAGAAAAUGCAUAUUUUGUGGAUCUGGUGAGCACGAGGCGAAGGACUGUGACGAGCUCAAGGUGUGCCACGGGUGUGGCUCAUCAGCACACAUGUGGCAGGAAUGCCCGGCUCAUCAGAGGUCAUAUGUGUCUGCUGUUGGGGGGGCGCAGGAGCGGGGAUGGGGUAAGAAGAGGAAGAGGAGGAGGCCCAGACCAAGAACCAAGCACAGGCCCAGAGGGGAUGGCCUUACGGAAGAAGGAGGAGCAAAGAGCGGCAGCAGGAGGAGAGGGGGACAGAGAAGGCACGGGAGCAGCAGAACCGGGAGGAGAGGAGGGGGAAAAGAGGCUGAAGGAAGCGAGGGAUUGGAGGAACCAGAGAGAGCAGCAAAGGUGGUGGAGAAGGAUUCGGUGGCAGGACCAGUGGAGGAGGAGGGAGUGGGGGGACAGCAGAAUGCCGAGUGUCCUCGUGGAACCUUUAACCAUCUGUCUAAAUUUGUUGUUCACACAGGAGAGAGACAGGACUAUCGUGGAUCCUCUGGGGAUCCUCAACAACAUCAUGAUGCUGACGAGGCAGAGAAGAGUCUCUCCAGAUCAGAACACCUCAAGAAACACCUGCAGAGACCCACAGGGAAGAAAUCUCACCACUGCUCUGACUGUGGGAAGAGUUAUUCAAGAUCAGAUUCACUUAAACUACAUAAGAGAAUACACCAGCGAGUACACACAGGAGAGAAACCUCACCACUGUUUUGACUGUGGGAAGAGUUACUUAAAAUCAGAUUCACUUAAACUACACCUGAGAAUACACACUGGAGAGAAUCUUCACUGCUGCUCAGACUGUGGGAAGAGAUUCACCUCUUCAGUAGACCUUAAAAUACAUCAGAGAAUUCACACUGGAGAGAAACCUUUUGGCUGUGAUCAAUGUGGGAAGAGUUUUACUAAGCCAAGCAACUUGAAAUCACACCAGCGAAUACACACUGGAGAGAAACCUUAUGGCUGUGAUCAAUGUGGGAAGAAUUUUACUCAGUCAAGCGGCCUGAUAUCACACCAGAUAACACACACAGGAGAGAAACCAUACAGCUGUACUCAAUGUGGGAAGAGUUUUGCUACAUCUGGCUAUCUGAAGAUACACCAGAGAAUACACACAGGAGAUAAACCUUUUAGUUGUGAUCAAUGUGGGAAGAGUUUUGCUACAUCUGUCUAUCUGAAAAUACACCAGAGAAUACAUACUGGAGAGAAACCUUAUAGCUGUAAUCAAUGUGGGAAGAGUUUUACUCAGUCAAGCAGCCUGAAAUCACACCAAAGAAUACACAGGAGAGAAAUUCCAUAGCUGUAAUCAAUGUGGGAAGAGUUUUACUCAGUCAAACAGCCUGAUAUCACACCAGCGGACACACACGAGAGAAACCUUAUGGCUAUGAUCAAUGUGACAAGAGAUACUCUGAUAAAAUAUAUCUAAUCAAACAUCAGAAAAUACAUACAUGAAGGAGUUGUUUCACGAUAUCAAUGAAAUAUUGUCACAAUGUAGAAUGUUUUAACAUUGUAGUCUGAGUAUUUUAAUGAAUUUCACAAUGUAGCACCCUAAAUGUUUGCCCCCUGUUCAUUUGAUUUUAGCAUGAUAUGGAUUUUAGCCUCAGGGGAAAAAUCCAGGCUCUGAAUUGAAAGAGUAUUAUUUAUGUGAUUUAACAAAAAUGUGCUAACAAAAAAAGAGUUGCGUUACACUUACCACGUUGGUGACCCUCUUGAAUCAAAAUGCAACACUUCAAAAUGUAGCCAUCUGUUUACAUCUAUUACUAUUUAUGUAAAUUAACAAAAAGUGACUAACAAAAAAAGAGCAGGUGUGAUGUUGUUUGUAUGAUGUUGUCGUGUUUUGUUUAUAAAAUAAAAUACAAAUAUUUUCAGGUCUUUUUUCAAUGACUUGAUAAAUUAGUUUCAACGUACUUGUCGCCGAUUCACAUAGAUGCAGUAUAAUACAUUUUAUCAACAUUCCUACAUCACGCCAGUAUUUCUUUACAACAUUCAAAUGCUAAUUGUCUUUAUUCCACGACUGAAGAAGUAUGAAUCAAAUCCUCAUAUUUCAAACAUUCCGCCUGACAAAGAUACAUGUUUUAUUAUUCCAUGCCUCACCAUUCAUUAAGUUAAUUAUUGCCAAUACAUAUUAACAAAGGGGUGUAUAUUUGAUUUUGAUAUUUCAUAUUUACAAUUCAUGUAACGUUUAAUUUGACUUUAGUUUUUUGGGUUUGUUCAUGGAGAACGUUAGAACAAAUAUUGGAGUUAAAACAAGCUUAUAUUUUGUGUUGGAUGUUGCAUCCAAUUGUUCAUAUUUUAAUCAAUGACAUUUCCUUAAAAUGCUCAGUCUUUCAGUUAAGUUUCUGUUUGUUGUGUACUAAAUAUUUCAGUUUGUUUUUAUUUGUUUUUUUCCUGUGAAGCCAUUGUCUUGAAUCCAUGUCUGAAAUGUACUAUAUAAAUAAAGCUUGAUUUGAUCAUAUUGCAA